AUGGAAACCAAGAAAUUUAAAGAAAAGCUAUAUGGAACCGAGACCCAAAACUGUAAAGAGGAAGAUGAAACAGACCUUACACAAUCUUCACAGAAGAAAAGGAAGAGAAUGCAAUCUGUGACCAAGAAAGAAAUUGCUUCGAAAAAGCCUAAAAGUCUCAAAUCUAAGGAUAAACGAGUGUCUUCUAGUAAUUCCAAGAAAUCGGGAAGAAGUAAAGGAAAGAGAUCCAGGUUUAGUGAUAUAUACGAGGAUGUUGAAGCUAAAUUUUCUGUUAUGGAGCGAGCCGAAAGAGUUUUGGCAAGAUUAGCAAAUGAUGCCCCUAGCUUUGGGAAGUGUAUGCUCCCAUCAAAUGUUGCUCAUGGAUUUUGGCUGCAUCUUCCCAAGAGCUUUUGCAGCCAGCAUUUGCCAAAUCAUGAUGCUACUGUUGUUUUGGUAGAUGAAUGGGAAAAUGAAUAUGAAACAUCAUAUCUUCUGUAUAGAAAUGGUCUGAGUGCCGGCUGGAGAGGGUUUUCCGUAUCUAACAGACUACUGAAAGGAGAUAUUUUGAUUUUCCAUUUGAUUGAACCGUGCAAGUUAAAGGUACAAAUAGUGAGGGUUAAUGACACAGAUGUUGUAGAAGCUGCACUUUGCCUCUUGAACAUGGAUGCUUGCCGAAAUGAGAUGGAUUGUGAUAUCGUGAAGAAAGACAAUAAGAAGCGCAAAAAAGUAAAGUAUGUGGAGCCUUUUCCGCCUGAUACUUCUACACCUGUAGAUAGCAUUCGUGGUAAAGGCAAAAAUACACCAAAUUCUAGCCUUGACCAAUCUUUAACUAAUAGUGAUGGUUUUGGCUCUGAAGUUCUUAAAGGUUCGGAAAUCACCAACCGCCUUCCACCAAAAGACUUCUGCUACUCGGAAACACCAUUUCUACAUGGCCAUCCUCACAAGGGUGUCACUUGUAGGUAG